UCAGGCCAAGGAGUGGAGCGAGGGUUGCGACGCAGACGACUUUCUCAAAAUUGUCAUCCAGAAUGCAAUUUCACAAGCUUUGCUUUGGAAGAGUCAGAAUGCUACGAAGUUCCGGAUCAGUAUUUCGCACAGCUGCUUUCCCUACCCUGGCCAGCUGUCCAAAGACAACGGCCAUAACUCCGGUCAAAUGGGUGCCAUUGAAUACAUACAUACAUUUGUCAGCUCCGUUGCCAUUUGCAGCUUUUCAGGUAUUUUGUACCAUCUUGUCCCCUUGCACUAUGGAAGUUGUUGCUGUCAGCUACGCUCAGCCAAGGUGGCACACCAUCCAUGGCAAAAAAGAGUUUACCUCCAUCAUACAUGAACCUCUGACGUCGAAAGAAGAUCUCAUCAACGUCACUGUGAGAGACGGGGUUGAUGAGAACAAGCCUGCAGCCCACAACGCUCAGAUAUAUGCAUAUUUUGCACAACACUAUGACUAUUGGACCGAGACACUCAACGUCAAUCGCGCGGAAUGGGGAUGGUGCCACUGGUGUGAGAACAUCACCUUCAGAUGUGACGAAGGCGGGAUCCUCGCCGAGAAAGACUUCAACCUAGGGGAUGUCUGGCACGUUGGCAAGACCGCCCGUCUUCAGGUUUGCGGAAGUCGAGUCCCAUGUCACAAGCUAUCAUGGCGUUGUGGACAAAAGGAUAAGUGGAUCAAAGAGCUGGCAGAUACGGGCUUGUGUGGGGUGUACUUCAAGGUGCUAACAGAGGGAGAAAUACACCCUGGAGACCACGCAACGCUGCUUGAGAAAUUUCCAACCUCCCUGGACUGUGCAACCAUCACUAAGCUAGCUUUCGAUGCUUCUGUCAAGACGAAAGAUACCCUGAACAUUCUUCUAGCUGACCCGAAUCUUCUCUAUAUGAACAGAGCCAUCUUCCAGAGAAAGCUUUCAUCGAUGAAUGACCAACUUUUACUAGGGAAGAACUCCUGGACGGGUUGGCGGUCGUUUCGUCUGUUGAAGAUAGUAUCUGAGACGAACGAUGUCAAAUCAUUCUACCUCACACCAACAGACGGCAGACCGCUUGCGACAUACAUCCCAGGACAGUUCCUGACAGUCCAGCUACCUAAUGGAAUCGUGCGUUCCUGGUCGAUAUCGGACUGGAUUACCUACGAUGAUCCCAAGUAUUAUCGUCUCAGUAUCAAGAAAGCUGCCUCGCAACCCAACGCUCCAUCCGGGUCUGCGUGGAUGCAUGAUGAAUGCACAGAGAACACCAUACUUCAGAUUCGCUCCCCAGCAGGCGCCUUUACUCUUGACUGGACACCAAUGUUUGCUGGCCGACAGAUCUAUAUCUCCGCCGGAAUUGGAAUCACUCCUGUCCUCGCUAUGCUCAAAGCACACCUCACCCAUCCAGCAAUGAAAAUAACACCCGCAAUCUGGAUUCAAACGUCACGAAAUGGCCAAAGCCAUACUUUUCAAAAGGAAAUCGAGAACCUGUUACGAGAUGCGGAUCCCGAGGCUGCAAGCAUGAUCAAGAUGGUAACAACAUUCUCUUCACCUGGAGCAGAGGACCAGCUAGGUCAGCACUAUCAGCACAAAGGCCGCAUCACAGAACAACUUCUGAAGGACCUGAUUCUACCUCCAUAUUUUGUCGAUCCGGUCAAGAUCACGCCCAUCGAAAUUGAAGGCCAGUUCUCGACCGUCUAUAUCUGCGGCUCGACGUCCUUCGAGAAAGAGAUGAAAUCGUAUCUGCAAAGCAUUGGAGUUCCAGAGUUCAUGAUUCGCAGCGAAUCAUUCUCUCCAGGAGCAAUCAUUGGAGAGACUUCCAUCUCUAAGUCGUAUAUCACUUUCUCAAAAUCACAAUGCAGCACGAUAUGGAGAAAAGGCGCCGCCAAUGACAAACAGGACAAUGGGUCUUCCGUAAGAGCCUUAACAUUACUGGAAGCUGCUGAAAUGGCAGGCUUGACUCCGGGGUAUGGAUGCAGAGCAGGCACAUGCGGAGCCUGCACAGUCAAAUUGAGAAGCGGACAAGUGAGUGGUGGAAUGGAACCCAAUGGUGAUGUGAAGAUAUGUGUUGCAGUACCAGCGAGUGCAAAGAUUGAGAUAGAAGUAUAACGAUCGUGUCCGUGAAGACCUGAGAUGUUAUGAGGUAGAUACGGCGGAAAAG